CGGUAAACUGGCGCUUCGGUCAACGCCAUUGGCCGUUUUCUUCACUUCCCAUAAAACCCUGCGUUGUCACUUCCUUUUCCUUUUCAGCCAUUUUCCGCUAAGGACGGAGUGAACAACCAUGGCUCCCAGCCGGAAUGGCAUGAUUUUGAACCCUCACUUUCAUAAAGACUGGCAGAAGAGAGUGCGCACCUGGUUCAACCAGCCUGCCAGAAAGAUCCGCAGACGUAAGGCCCGUCAGGCAAAGGCUCGUCGUAUUGCUCCAAGACCAGUUUCUGGACCUCUUCGUCCAGUAGUUAGGUGUCCAACCAUACGCUACCACACCAAGGUCCGUGCCGGACGUGGUUUCACCCUGGAGGAGCUGAAGGCCGCUGGAAUCAACAAAAAGGUGGCCCGCACCAUUGGCAUCUCUGUUGACCCCCGCCGUCGCAACAGAUCCACAGAGUCUCUGCAGGCCAAUGUCCAGAGGCUGAAGGAGUACCGCUCCAAGCUCAUCAUCUUCCCCAGGAAGGCGUCUAAGCCCAAGAAGGGAGACAGCACUGAGGAGGAGCUCAAGAUGGCAACACAGCUUAUUGGACCAGUCAUGCCCAUCAAAAAGGUGCACAAGAAAGAGAAGGCCCGCGUGAUCUCAGAGGACGAGAAGAACUUCAAGGCUUUCGCCAGCCUGCGUAUGGCCCGUGCCAAUGCCCGUCUUUUUGGCAUCCGUGCCAAGAGGGCAAAGGAGGCCGCCGAGCAGGACGUCGAAAAGAAGAAAUAAACAUUUGUAUGGAACUGUCAAAAAUAAAUGUCUCUAAAAAAGCUCUAG